AUGAGUUUCAUAUGGAGGGGCGUCUUCAACAAGUCCCAGCUGUGUCUCUCGACCAUCGCAGCAGCUCCUCCACCCUGUAGGCUGCUCCACAUAGGCCAGCGCGCCUCCCUCACCAAAGCCUUCUCCACCCAGGAUGUGGAGCUGUUCGCCGUACUGACGGGUGACAGCAACCCCCUCCACCUUGACCCGGCCUACGCCAAGACCACCUCCUUCGAGGCGCCCAUCGUGCACGGCGUCCUCAUCAAUGGCCUGAUCUCGGCUGUGCUCGGCACCAGAAUGCCCGGCCCGGGCUGCGUCUUCCUGCACCAGGAGAUCCGCUUCCCAGCGCCUCUGUAUAUUGGCGAGGAGGUGCUGGCCGAAGCCGAGGUCGUCAAGAUCAAGAUGUCGUUCGCCUUGAUUGCGGUGACAUGCUCGGUACAGGACAAGGUGGUGAUGCAGGGGGAUGUGAUGGUGAUGAUGCCAGAGGAUCAGCAGAAGAAGGGUUGAGAUGAGGUCAGAGGUCACAGCAAGCUGACAGUGAACAGUUCAGAUGAUGUGACAAUUUUUGGGACUAAAAAUGGCGGCCGCUGCUGCUGCCCAUGCUGCGGCUCAUCAUCUCCAGGAUUAAGUUGGUUCUGGUUUGAAGCAACUUUUCUAGACAGUGGAAUUUGCACAUUUCAUUCUAUUGUUUCCUCUUUUUUUUCUGAUCUUGAACCAUGACAAGCAGACAUUGAUGACUAUUUAGAAUGCAGUGUUUGUACUUUGUUGGCUCUGCUCUGCAUUUUGUUUAACGUUAGAAACUUUUGGGUGGAAUAAAAUUGUGAAGUUAUUGUUGAAUUUGA